AUGGCGGCCGCGCGUCGAUUUAAAUAUACAGCGCGCGGGCUCAGCGCUUCAGUCGGCCACAAGAGUUCAGAGCGAUCUCACGUCACUUUUUUACCGAAAAAUAUUCCCGUCGCGCGCCGGCCUGUCGCCCCGUCGUCUAGUGAACGCCACGGUAAAACGAGUAAAAUGGGGAAACGUAAACAAAAAUAUUAUAAAUUAGUCAGCAAAUCGAAAUUCAAGAAAAAAGAGACUAUAAUUAAGAAUAGAAACAAAGCAGGCAACGAAGAUGGUGAAGCGCCAAACAGUUUAGGCUUGAACAUAUCAGAUAUUGAUAAACAGGAAUCACUAGAAGAUACAUCUGAUACUAAACUUAUUAUAGAAAAGGAAAAUAAAGAGCAAGAGGAAAUUGUAAUAACUGGAAAUAGAAUUAUAGAUUUUGCGUACAUUUUUCAACAACUACAACAAAUUUCUAAUCAUAGCACGGCAUUUGGUUGUAAUUUAAAUUGCUUAAAACUUAAGAAAGAAGUAAAAAAAGGGUUUCGUUCAAUAUUUCAUUUUAAAUGUCAAAUGUGUAAUGAGUCAUUCAAAUUAAAAAAUUGUCCUGAUUCUGAUAACAACAUGGAUCUCGACCUAAACGAUAAUGUUGUAAGCAGUUUUAUGUCUAUAGGUGCGGGGUUUUCAGGAUUGGAACUUGUUUCAGCCAGUCUCAACAUACCAUGUAUGUCUGAUAAAUUAUAUGCAAAGUGCCAUACCAAGGUCUGCGAAUUAUGGGAACUAGCGAAAGAAAAAAGCAUGGCAGAUGCAGCUAAAGAAGAGUAUGAUUUAGCUAUAAUUAAUGGAGAAGUUGAUUCAAAUGGAAUACCAAUGAUAACAGUGGUUGCAGAUGCUUGCUGGUCAAAAAGAUCAUACAGAAAAAACUUUAAUGCAUUGUCAGGUGCCGCUGUAAUAAUAGGGUAUAAGACGAAAAAAGUUUUGUAUAUGGCGGUGAAAAAUAAAUAUUGCAUGGUUUGUGCUCGAGCGGAAAAUAAAAAAGAGGCAACACCAGAGCACAUUUGUUUUAAAAAUUAUACGGGUUCCUCGAGCGGUAUGGAAGCAACAGCCUUGGUUGAAGGAUUUAAAACUUCCGUAGAAACGCACAAAUUGAUAUACUCUAGACUUAUAGCUGAUGGGGAUUCAAGUACACAUAGCAACAUUUUAAGAGCUAAACCUUAUGGAAAUUUGUUAGUGGAAAAGAUUGAGUGCACCAAUCAUCUAUUAAGGAAUUACUGUACGAAGUUGGACGAGCUGACCAGGAAUACAAACUACCCAAUAAAGUAUCGAAGAGCUGUACAAAACAAUAUAUUGCGUUUGAGGCGGUGUGUUAAUGGAGCAGUAAAACAUAUAGGUGCUAAAAAUAUAACUUUUGAGGAAAAAGUUCUUGAACUAAAAAAUGAUUUGUUGAAUGCGCCGCAUCAUGUCUUUGGUAACCAUGCUUCAUGCAAACCGUAUUAUUGCAAGAAACUUAUCGAAGAUGAAGCGCCAGAAGAAAAUGUUGUGCUAGCAAUGAAAAGUAAAGACGGUGGUUUUAUUUUUUCAGCCAUAACAAAAAUCCUUUCUAGGUUGGUGAAUAAUGCAAAAAGUCUAAUACACUGUGUGAAUAGCAAUAUAGCAGAGGUUUUCAAUAGUAUUAUUGCUAAGUUUAUUGGAGGAAAACGCAUUAAUUAUUCGGGCAGACAGUCAUAUUCUGGAAGAUGUGCAGCAUCAGUUGUUUCCUUUAAUUCAAAGCAACCACAAACUUACAUCAAUAAAAAUAUAUUUUUGCGAAGUCCAAAUAAAUUAAUUAAACGUCUUGAAAUGCAAAGGAAUUUGAAGAGAAUGUCUUCCGUAAAACGGAUAAUUUUUAAAUGUCGCAAAUCUAACCAAAAUCGCAAAAAGUCUAAUAAUCGAAAUAAUGACGAAAACUAUGGCGAGGCUUGUCAAAAACCUGACUUAAGUGAGGCUGAUUUUGAUUUUGCCAAAACAGAGCACUUAAAAACCAUGACUUUAAGUGAAGAAGACCGUCAGGCACUAGAAAGAAGAACUAUCUUGCAGGCUGAAUCUAUGGAAUGGCGCCAAGAAAGGAAACUACGUCUUACGGCUUCUGUGUUUGGCAAAGUGUGCAAACGAGGACUUAUUAAAUGUGGGCCUUUAGUUAAAAAUCUGGUGACUGAAAAGAAUUUGGAGCAUGUCAAAUCAAUUAGUUAUGGACAAAGUCAUGAAGCUCUUGCACGCGAACAACUAGAAUGUCAUCUAAAGAAGCCUAUUAAAUCGUGUGGUCUAUUUAUUGACCAAAAUUUGCCAUUCUUAGGUGCAAGCCCAGAUGGACUUGUGGAAGACGAUAAAAUUGUGGAAAUAAAAUGUCCAUAUGCGGCUCGGGAUCUAAGUGUCGACGAUGCUAUUAAAACGAAAAAAAUUCUUUUUUGGAAAAUCAGUAAAGACGGAAAUACUGUUUUAAAUAAAAGACAUGAUUGGUUUUUCCAAGCGCAGGGACAAAUUCACAUUGCACAACGAAAAACAUGCAUAUUUGCUGUUUGGACAAAUGUAGAUAUGAAGAUAGAAAUGAUAGAAGAAGAUUUACUUUUUUGGAAUGAUAUGGAAGAAAAAUUAAUAAAGUUUUAUUUUAGUUGCCUCCUUCCAGAACUAAUUGAUUCAAGAUUAGAUAGACAGAUGGAAAUUAAAGAACCGAAACAUAUUCUGGAAGCAAUUGAAAAUAGAAACACUAAAGAAGUUAAGCGGAAACUAGAUGAAACAACCAGAGAAACAAAACGGAAACGAAAAAAAUAAGAUAAGCGAGUACCCAAUGAAACUAAUUCAAAAUAAGUUUGCCUUACCUGAUUACUUAAUUUUACUUGAGAGACGGUACCCUCCUUUUUUUAGAAAAUUAAUUGUUUGUUUGUUAGUUAUGCGUCACUUUCCUAGACGGACUUCACCUUAAGCUUUAACUCCAAAUCCGCUGACCCGCUUUUCAUGAAAUUUGGUAAAAAGAUAGACACUAAUGCUUGAGAAAGGACGCGAAUAAAAACGGUAAUAAAGUCGGUUAAUUAAAUGAACGCACAAGAUUUUAAAACCUUAAAUUUUGUUAUAAAAUUUAAUUCAGUUUUUUUAAUUUGCUAAUUGCAAUAUAAUAAUAAAUAAAUAAAAAUAAAUAGGGAUAAAUCACACAGAUUGAGUUAUCUGAA